AUGGACGUAUUUCUCUCUCAACCAACAUCACAUGAUCAUGCUCCACAACCUGAUCAUGUUCCUGCUAUCCAAUUAAAGAAUGAAAUUAAAGCUCGUGCUGCGACAACAGAUGAACCAUCGAGCUCAAUUCUUCAUUCGGCCUUACGAACAUAUCCUAUAAGUGCCGCUGGUCAACUUCCAAGAAGUAACGCACUUACGCUCACAGUUCGACGACAACGUACUGCUGAAACAGUCGAUGCCAAUGGUCGUUUACCAGAAAAAUUAAGAAAGACAUAUCGUGAUGAAGAUUUCAUCUUGCACGAAGACGAGCAUUUAAUUAUCCUUACAACGAAAAACAAUUUAUCUAUUCUGAAGCAAAACAAACAUUGGUUCGCUGAUGGAACAUUUAAAGAUGUCUUUCAUUUUUCACAAGCGGUAUGGCGACAAGUUCAAAACAAAGGAUUGGCAACCAAAUAUAGAGAAGAUGAGUCUUUUCGUUUAAAUAUAAAAAAAUUAAUUGUUCUUGCUUUUGUUCCAGUAGGUGAAGUUACAACUGCGUUUGACUUAAUUGUCGGUCAAUUCGACGAUGACACCGACGAUUUACUGGAUUAUUUCGAAAAAAACUUGGAUUGGUGA